AAGUAAGUAGUAGUCAUGGCAGGCCAGGUCCGUGCACUAGUCGCUGCAAAGUGGCUUGCCGAAGCAAUUAAAAACAACCAAGUGGGACCAAAGCUCCGAAUUCUCGACUCCUCCUGGUAUCUCCCUAAAUUGAAUCGUAAUGUUCUAGAAGAAUUCAACCAGAGGCAUAUACCCGGUGCCUCCAUUUUCGACAUCGACGAAUGCUGCGAUAAAACUUCCACCUCCGAUCACAUGCUACCUUCCGAGACCGAGUUUGCUGCAUACGUUGGAAAUUUAGGAAUCAGUAAUGACACACAUGUAAUCGUUUAUGAUACCAGCGACUUCGGGGGAUUUGCAGCACCACGGGUUUGGUGGAUGUUUAGGUUCUUUGGCCACGAAUCGGUGUCUGUGCUAAACGGGGGAAUGAAAAACUGGCUGAAUGAGGGUCACCCCGUUUCUUCAGAAUACUCCAAACCGGAACGAGCAGAUUUUCGUUCAACUACAACCAACAGUUCUUGGGUGAAGACCUACGAAGACGUCCUACAAAAUGUAUCAACUAAACAGUUUCAAGUCGUUGACGCAAGGGCUAAUGGAAGAUUUCGUGGCAUCGAACCAGAGCCAAGACCAACCACCGAGCCAGGGCACAUCCCAGGCACCAUCAACAUGCCGUUCCCUAACUUCAUGGAUUCCGCGGGGUUGGAGAAGGACCCUGAGGAGCUGGCCCGGAUGUUCCAACAGGCUGGAGUGGACCUGAAGAAGCCCUUUUGGGUCACUUGUGGCUCGGGCGUGACAGCGUGCCACAUUGCGCUGGCAGCGCACCUGUGUGGCCAUCCAGGUGUAAGCCUGUACGAUGGCUCCUGGUCAGAGUGGUUUGCCAGGGCAGCACCGGAGCACGUCAUCUCAGAGGGAAAAGGAAAACAGGCGUGAGGCCACUGGUGUGGUCUGAAGAGCACCUAUACAUAUGAUAUCUGUAGGUUCUGAAGUGUUGUAGUGUUGGGUAUAAUACAGUGCAUCAGAGAGGUUUGCAACAUCAGUGCCAUACACUUCUUCAGUGCGAAGUUCAAAUUACAUGGCCAAGGCUACACAGAGCGUUCCCACAAUCUAUGAUGAUGCACUCUACAGUACGCCACCUACCUGAUGUUCAGAAUAACUAUUACAUUGUGCAUACACGACCUUCGUCAUUGAACUAGAGUUGUGGCAUUAGGAAGAUGCCUUUUAGGUGCUGUGUGAGACUGGUGAGGCUGUCUAUUAUUUCAGCAGAAACUGUUGUUGAGGGACCCCUGAAUAAUCUGCUUCGGUCAGAUCAUGUUAAAAACACUGACCCUUUGAUUGUCCCUAAUCUGAUGCUCAUAAAUCUUUUUUUCAGAGUUAAGUUACCUUGUUAAACAGUUAUAAUUACAAUGUUUUAAAAAGGAUUUGGGCAAUACAUAGAACUAUGCCUGCCUUGUAGGCUAAUUGUUUUCCCAUUCACUAAUCUUGGAAGGCCUAUAUGUGAAUAGACAAUGAAUGUUCAGAAAUGAUGUCAUGUUGAUGGAUAUGAUACAUUUAGCCAUAUGGAAUAAGCCCUGUUUUAGGCUUUGGAGUAGAGAAGGUCUAUGUGAAAAUAUCAAUAACUGUAAAAGUGCACUUUUGAAUACUGAUUUAACCUUGUGUAUAAUAAAAUUACCACUGUGUACAGUACUACAAAGCUGUAGUGUAUACAUUUCUGCCAAGUAAUUACAAUAUAAUAAUAAAGACACUCUAUUUUCAAAUGAA